UUUUUUAUUUCAGAGGGUCAAAAGUUUUAAUUCCCAGGAAAUUUCGUUUCCUGGAGAAUUCAAUUCCUUAACCUCAACAUUUUGAAAUCCAGGAAAACCGGGUUCGAAUUCUGAUUUGAAAUUUGAAAUUCGUGUUUGUAUCGUAAUUUUAAUGGCGACGAGGAACCGGACCGUAGUGUAUAGAAGGCACAGAGACGCGGUGAAGAGCGUGCGAGCUCCGUUGUUUUCGUCGGCGUCCGGUUCCGGCGGUCCGGUGAUCGAAAUGGCUUCGCUUCUUGGUUCUAAUCGGUCUUCUUAUGCUCCUCUUAGCACCGAAGAUCCAGGUCCAUCAAGUAGGGAUGCAUUUACUGUGGGUCUACCACCAUCUUGGGUUGAUGAUUCUGAACAAGUGGCUGCAAAUAUACAACGUGCUCGGGCCAAAAUGGCUGAGUUAGUCAAGGCUCAUGCCAAGGCUUUAAUGCCCUCAUUUGAAGAUGGCAAAGAAGAUCAACAUCUAAUUGAGGCUCUUACCCAAGAGAUUACAGAUAUAUUGAGGAGGUCUGAGAAGAGAUUACAGAAACUUUCUGCAAGUGGAUCUGCUGAGGACUCAAAUGUUAGAAAAAAUGUACAGCGUUCUCUUGCAACAGACCUGCAGAAUCUUUCUGUGGAACUACGGAGAAAACAGUCCACAUAUUUGAAACGUCUGCAGCAGCAAAAGGAGGGACCUGAUGGGGUUGAUUUGGAGAUGAACUUGAAUGGAAAUAAAUCCAGUUUAGAAGAUGAUGAAUUUAGUGAUGUGGGUUUUAAUGAGCAGCAAAUGGUUAAGAUAAAAAAGGGUCAGCAGGAAAGAGAAAGGGAGAUCAACCAGGUUGUGCAAUCAGUGAACGAGCUAGCUCAAAUAAUGAAGGACCUGUCAGUUCUUGUUAUAGAUCAGGGCACAAUUGUUGAUCGCAUAGACUACAACAUUCAGACUGUUGCUGUAUCAGUUGAUGAGGGUCUUAAACAGCUCCAGAAGGCAGAGAGAACACAGAAGAAAGGUGGAAUGGUGAGGUGUGCGACGGUGCUUGUUAUUAUGUGCUUCAUCAUGCUAGUCCUUCUGAUACUCAAGGAGAUACUCUUCUGAUCAUGAUAGUGUAGCCUGUUAGUUAUGUUGAUACCAGAGGAAAAAAAAGAAGAUAAGGUAAACUGAUUGCGAAAUCUUUUUGAGAUAGAUUGGAGCUUUUGUAACUAGUACAUUGACAAGAAUGUUGCAGAGAGGCACGUCACUCACAUUGUGAGGACAUUUGUAUCAACUCCAUGCAAAAAGUUCAAAGUUCAAAUUAAUGAAAAGUCGAAGGCAUAUUGGCA